AUGAAGAAGCUGCAGCUUAUGGGACUUAAGAAGAAAUUUUCAAAGAAAGUCCCAAAAGAACCAGUUGUGUACCCUGAAAUUCAUUUAGUGAGCCUUCCAGAUGAAAUUUUAACUCUCAUAUUCAAGAACUUAGAUAAGAAGACACUAUGCGCUCUUUCCCAAAUUAACAAAAGACUCCAGGCGGUCAGUCAAAAGACACUUUACAGAGCUAUCCGUGUAUCCUCCACUUUAAAGUUGUUACAACUCUGUAGAACUUUGGAUAGAAACUCAGUGGAACAAAAGCCAUGGUUGUACGCUAUUGAUUCACUACAGUUGGAUAUUGACAUUGGAAAUAGUGCAAACGAGUUUAUCAGUGUGAGCAUAGGGAAGUUGGGAUACUCUUCAUCCAUAAAAUCUACCAAUUACAAAGAUUUAUUGAACACGUUUAACUUGUACAAGAACCUCAUGACACAUUUACUUUCCCUCAACUCCAUUUCUCUAACUCAAGUUUCACCCCGACUAAAUUUUCCCAUAGAAUGUUCUCUUUACUACAAAGUUAAUGAUAGGAUUGAAUGUCCAAAGAAUUACACUUACGAUGACUUGAGGAGAGAUUCCAUCAAAACUGUCAGAUUGGAAAGUCAAGACGGGAUUUCCAUCCCAUUACGAAGCCACUUAUUAUGGUCAUUUGGAUUGAUCAAAGAGCUGAUCCUUCGAAACAUGAAUAUUGAUGAAGAAUCUCUUGUAGACACGAGGUAUUUAGUAGAUGCUUCCUCCGGUAAUUGGAUUAUUGACCCCAUUAAUCAAAUCACUCAACCAAUUACUGGCUUCCCAACCAUCGAUACGAUACCAAAACAUAAGAAGAGCUACCACUCUCCGAUAGAGAAACUUACCCUAAAUGCUACCACCGUUUCAUCUUCCGCAUUGCAUUUUCUUCGAAACUAUUUUCACAAUGUUACUGAAUUAUGUCUACUUAACAUCAAAAACUUACACGAUUUGGCUUCUAUCACAUAUUUUCCUAACAUAAAAGCAUUAACCAUUGAUUUAGACUCCAAAAUCUUUUGGAAUUUUUUGAAUGAUUUCCCAGUUCAGUUCGAUUCGUUCUUCAGUGUAUUGUGUUCACUCCAUAAAAUUCAAACAAUAACAUUCGUCAACGUCAAAUUUUUCAACUUAUCUUUAAUUCCAAGAGAGCCUGUCAAUGAAUUAGAUUAUAACUCCUAUAAAGUAUCUAUCUACCGGUUGUUCACGCAUUUGGGCCGUAUUGAAAAUGUCAGUUUCAUUCUAACUACCCCGAAGAGAAUCACCGCAAACACAAGAUAUCCUCUAUUUAUGAAUCGUGACUGGUUGAGUAUCUUAUGGCCAUUUGUUGAUACUGGUUGUAAAGUUUCCAUCAAAUACGAUGAAGGAUCUUAUGAAUUCCAAGGGUAG